UCGAACCCACAAUCAUAGGUUUCUGGAGUGCCCAAAGGACGCAACUCUGCACAGCGAAUCGCGGCACCUUAGACCACUGGACAACCCGUGCCCCCGUAUAUUGUAACAAAUGUCUUAUAUUGUAAAUAAUUGUAAAUGUAGUUCUAUUGAAUAAAGUGAGUUGUCUUCAUUUAUUUAGCUUUCUUCCAUUUGUAUCACUACAAAGUGUGUGAGUUGUGUUCAACGCGGCUUUGAACACAUUUUCAAUGCAUGUUCGCUUAAAGUUGGGAAAUUCCACAACGUUUAAGUGCGGACCCUAAAAAGUUGGAAAUCAAAAACCUUUACAGUUUAGAGCCUUCCUAUGAUUAAUCACUUUAAUAUAUAUAAGGUUAUGCCAUUUGUGAGACAAUGUUUUACAACAAUGGAUGACAGUAGCGAGGUUAAUUUAUGUCCUUUGCAGAUAACGUUGUCUUCUUUCCUGUUGUUUCAAAGGGGAAGUAUAAUGCCUACAUAUAAAGCCACACAAUUAUAUAGUAGACGUUAGAUGUGCUUCGUUCUAAACGGCUGUCUGAACUCUUAUCAAGCUUUGAGGAAGAAUUGCUGAAUUGCGUCAACUGAGAUCAGAGCGAAUAUGGAUGGGGAAUGGAUAUGCGGACAUUGUACAUUCGAGAACGAUGGCCUCAUGCAAAAAUGCAAAGCAUGUUCUUCGCCGAUGCCGCGACAGGAACCCAGUCUCUUGGCUGAUCCAGAACCCAAUCUGUGCAAGACAGGGACCUCUGCCCUCUGUCCGACCAACGAAAGGAGAAUAGUCUUCCUUGGAAGAACAGGAUCAGGAAAAAGUGCUACGGGCAAUAACAUCCUUGGGAAAGAAGUAUUUGAAUCAAGCGCAUGUGGCGAAUCUCUUACCAAAAGGUGCCAGAGAGGAACCAGCAACCGAUUUGAAAGAAAUAUCCAAAUAAUCGACAGUCCUGGGUUGUUUGACACAGGUAUGACAAAUGCUGAAAUCACGAAGGAAGUAGUGAAAUGUAUCGGCAUGACAGCUCCUGGUCCCCAUGCCUUUGUCCUCGUUGUCAGGAUUGACCGUUUUACUCAAGAAGAACAGGACACGGUAGAUCAUUUCAGACGGGUGUUUGGAGAAGAUAUGUUGGAUUAUGUCAUUGUUCUGUUCACCAGGAAGGAUGAUCUUCUGCAUGAUAAAAAAAGCAUCAUGGAGUAUGUAAAGAAAGUCCCCCAGCCACUGCGAGACCUAGUGAAGUCAUGCCAGGAUAGAUAUGUUGCCUUCAAUAACAGAGGCAGUGACGAGGAAAAGGAACAAGAUGUGCAGGAUUUCCUCGCACUGGUGGAAGGCGUUGUUAAUGACAACGGAGGCAUGUGUUAUACAAAUGAAAUGUAUAAGGAGGCUGAGAAGAACAUGAUGAUGAGAGAGAGGCAACUCAAAAGGGAACAUGAAUGUAGGAUCCAACAAGAAAGAGACGCAAUCUGGGGAGAAUUUGAGUUGAAGCUUCAGAUGGAGCAUGAUGCAGCAUCGGAAGUGAGAAAACAGCUGGAGGCGAGAAUAGGAGAGCUUGAAAGCAAGCAAGAUGCUGGGGCUAUGGCUGAAGACGAGAUAGCUGAUCUCUGUAGGGAAGUAGAGGAUCUGAAAGUGGCUUUGAGAGACACCAAGAAACAGAAAGAGGAAUCAGAAGGACAGCUGGAUAUGGAGAGAAAGAGGAGAGACAAUGAAAUCCGGAAAAGACUGAAGACAGAAAAGCAGGACUUUAGAGAAACGGCGAGAAAUGAGGUCAAUAACGAGAAAUCGGGGAUAAUGUCCAUGCUUGGAAACAUACUGCCAACCCUCAUCGGUUCAGUCCUUCCCAGGAUUAAAACUUUUUUCAAAGGGCUGUUCAAAAUGUAAAUGUCUUUUUGUCCAGUCAAUUUGUCUUUUCCCUGCUAGGAGACAUCACUCAAGCGGUCACGUUCUUUCCUUCCAUCUCUACACAGACGCCACACAGUUAUAAGUGACAUCUGUUAUAUGUUACCUGUAAACUGACAAUCAGUCGACAUUGCCUUCGAUCCUAAAUUGAGAUGCGUAGGUGACAUCAAGACCUGAAUGGCACUAAACUUACUCAAACGGGCGCAGUCGGGUAGCCUAGUGGUUAAAGCGUUCGCUCGUCACGCCGAAGGCCCGGGUUCGAUUCCCGACAUGGGUACAAUGUGUGAAGCCCAUUUCUGGUGCCCCGCCGUGAUAUUGCUGGAAUAUUGCUAAAAGGGCGUAAAACCAUACUCACUCACUCACUCACUCACUCACUCACUCACUCACGGAACAGUGUUAAACAGAUUGAACAACUUAAUGAUAAUCUAUUCCAAGACUACAAGAAGAAAUCUGACACUCUCGGUACUUAAUGCUGACACUCCCCGUGCUUAAAAUAGGGGUUUCAUUGUCGACCCCAAAACUCGGUUCGUAAUCUGGGCGUAGUAUUUGACUAAUUCGCAAUGGCUGAGUCCCACAUCAACAAAGUGUGCAAACGACCACCAGAAGCAUAGAAAUAGACAAAGGUUCAUCAAUACCAAAAGAGCUGCUACCUUAGUGUCACUGCUGGAUAAUUGCAGACUCGCACAACUUCAAAUUCAAGACGAUAUGGGUACAAUGAAUGAAGCCCAUUUCUGGUGACCUUCGCCAUGAUAAUGCUGGAAUAUAUUGCUAAAAGCAGCGUAAAACCAUACUCACCCACUCAAAUUCAAGAAACUGUCAGCAAAGUCCGGUUUUAAAAGAUCGUCACAGAUCGCUGCCAUAAUGAAAUACAAGACAAAGCAUAGCUCCGGCAUUUCGCCAACAACUCGCCAAGAAGUACGCGUCAUCAGGACUCCAGUGUGUUCCAGCUUCGCGGACCAGUCAUUUUGCUGAUCGCUGUUUUGUAAGAGCUCUGGGAUCAAAAACCACUUCCAAAUUAAAAACAUCGAAAGCCUGAUUACUAUCCAAUACAAUCUAAGGACUCCCUUUUCAUUGAGGCAUGCAUGUAGACUAGAUGCUCAAUUGUUUUCUUUCUCUCAAUAUAUUCAGUGUGAUGUAGUCAGCGAACAGUGCUUCGACGCAGAUAGCUUUGAUUGCAUUCUAUCGCUGCACAAAUGCUUACUAGUUAGUAUUACUGAUUAUUAUUACAAGUGUUUAAGAAUUCCUACUAUCCUCUGCUAAAUAUGCAUGCUACAAAUAUACAUAUGGAUAUAUAUUACUGGAUUUAUUUACAUAUAUGUAUGGCGAAAAUGAUAUGUUUCUGUUGCACAUUUUGUGACGCGGGCUUUAUGUCAUUAUAUACCCUCACGCUGAAGGAGAGACAAUGUUACAAUGAGAUACAAUACGACUAAUCUUGAAUCACUGAUAUGAACUGAUACAUUUGAGCUUUUGGAUGUAAGAUGGUAAUAACAUGUCUCGCAUGUUGUAUUGAUAUAAAAUAAAUUGAACAAAAGUC